AUGGCUGAGGCCUAUCGAGAGGAUUAUCAAUACAGCGGCGACAGAAGGAGGUGCGAGUCGAGUGGCCGCCGCGUGCAAAGCUGCCAGCGAUACCUGCAGGGAGGAAGAAAAGAAGAAGGAUUGUUUCCGUUGCCAUUGCCGAUUCCGUUGCCAUGGCCGUUUGGCGGUGGUGGUGAGUCUCAAGAUCAGUCAUUGGGAGACUGCUGCAGAGAGUUGAGGCAAGUGGAGGACAGAUGCAGGUGUCAGGCCAUAGAGCAGGCACUAAAUGAGGCUAAGAGGCAGCAACAGUACCAGGGACAGAGGGGUGGAAGCAGGUACGAACAGUACGGUGGAGAGAUGAUUCAAAGGGCUCAGAACCUGCCCAACGCUUGCCGCCUGGACAGGCCCCAGUACUGUGAGAUAAGGGCCUACUGA